AUGACCGACUCCCUCCACAACGCCCCCAUCGUCCUCGACAAUGGUUCGGGCACGAUCCGCGCCGGUUUCGCGGGCGACGACCUGCCCAAGUGCUACUUCCCCUCCUUUGUCGGCCGCCCCAAGCACCUCCGCGUCCUCGCCGGCGCGCUCGAGGGCGAGGUCUUCAUCGGCCAAAAGGCCGCCACGGAGCUGCGCGGCCUGCUCAAGAUCCGCUACCCGCUCGAGCACGGCAUCGUCACCGACUGGGACGACAUGGAGAAGAUCUGGGAGUACGUCUACGGCGAGGGCCUCAAGACGCUGAGCGAAGAGCACCCCGUCCUCCUGACCGAGCCGCCCCUCAACCCGCGCAGCAACCGCGACAUUGCCGCCCAGAUCCUCUUUGAGACGUUCAACGUGCCCGCCCUCCACACCUCCAUCCAGGCCGUCCUCUCGCUCUACGCCUCGGGCCGCACCACCGGCAUCGUCCUCGACUCGGGCGACGGCGUCUCCCACGCCGUCCCCGUCUACGAGGGCUUCGCCAUGCCCAGCAGCAUCCGCCGCAUCGACGUCGCCGGCCGCGACGUCACCGAGUACAUGCAGACCCUGCUGCGCAAGAGCGGCUACGUCUUCCACACGAGCGCCGAGAAGGAGGUCGUCCGCCUCAUCAAGGAGUCCGUCACCUACGUCGCCCACGACCCGCGCAAGGAGGAGAAGGAGUGGAUCCAGCGCUCCGGCGACCAGCCCAAGACGGCCGAGUACGUCCUGCCCGACGGCCACAAGCUCAAGAUUGGCGCCGAGCGCUUCCGCGCGCCCGAGAUCCUGUUCGACCCCGAGAUCAUCGGCCUCGAGUACCCCGGCGUCCACCAGAUCGUCGUCGACGCCAUCAACCGCACAGACCUCGACCUGAGGAAAUCCCUCUACAGCAACAUUGUCCUGUCCGGCGGCAGCACCCUGACCAAGGGCUUUGGCGAUCGUCUGCUGACCGAGCUGCAACGGCUGGCCGUCAAGGACAUGAGGAUAAAGAUCUUUGCGCCGCCCGAGCGCAAGUACUCUACCUGGAUCGGCGGGAGCAUCCUGGCUGGGCUGAGCACCUUCCGCAAGAUGUGGGUGAGCAUCGACGACUGGCAUGAGAACCCCGAUAUCAUCCACACCAAGUUCACGUAG